AUGUCGAUCGAUCGGAAUUCGUCGCUUGAAAUAUUACCUGUCGAAAUCCUUCAUCGUAUUUUCGAUAAUCUUGAUGCACAAACAAUACUCUUCUCACUUCGCAACACAUGUCGACAAUUGUAUGCAAUAACCAAAAGCUACGAACGAUAUUCUCUCGAUUGCCAAUCAAUUUCAAAGUCUGAUUUUGAUCGUCUUUCUCGACUAAUUGAUGCUCGUAAUGUCAUUUCACUAAAACUCUCCAAUGACGACUAUACAUUCAAUCAAAUCGAAAUAUUUCUUACACAAUUUAAUAUCCAUGAAUUUAGUCGACUUCGCUCAUUGAUUUUAAUUGAAAUUGAAGAAGAAUAUUUAGAACCGAUUUUGGAGAAUAUUAACAUACAUUCACUCAUUUCAUUUUCAUUAUCAGUUAAAAAACUUGAAGAUCAAUACAGAAAAAAAACAGCAGAACUUCUUACAUCACUAGUUACGCAAACAAAUCUUCUUAAACUUGAGGUUAAAACCAUAUAUGCGAGACUCGAAGAAAUAGUUUGGCCAAAUCAAUCAACAAUUCGACAUCUAAAAAUUGACCAACUUAUCACUAUUGAUGAAAUUUGCCAGAUUCUUCAAAGUUUACCUAAUCUUCGCAUUCUCGUCAUAGGUCAUUUAUAUGAAUCAGCAUCUCACCAAAUCAAUCUUGUACGUCUUUCCGCACCAUUUCGUCAAGUUAUCUCAUUAACUGUGGAAUACAUGUGCAUAUCCAUAGAUGAUCUCGAAUUGUUUCUUUCACUAAUGCCUUCAUUAACUUAUUUGAAGUUAAUUAGUACUCAGACAGAUGGGCAUGGUAAUCGAUGGGAACAAUACAUCCAAACAAAUUUACCUUUUUUGACUAACUUUGAAUUUUACUUUUACAUACAAUUUGAUUACCAGAACAAUGUUUCUGACAAUGAAUCGAUCAUUACCUCGUAUCAAACACCGUUCUGGAUCAAUCAUAAAAAGUGGUUUGUUGCCUGUGAAUAUUCAAUCGAUGCGCCAAAUUCGAUCAAUGUCUUUUCAAUUCCAAUUUGUCUGUCUUCUCUGACCUACAUAGCAGAAUCGAAUAAAGUUUUACUUUCUACAUUUCCUACACUACUUAACAAUGAUGUAUUCAUAAUGGAUAAUAUUACUAAACUUCAAUUAACUAUCUCACAAUCGACAGUUACGAACGCGGAACAACAAGAGAUGCAAAUAAAUUUAAGUGCACUGGUUUUUUUUCAAUGA